AUGGACGGCCUGCACGGCGCCGACGCCUGCUUCUCCCCCGGGAGGGCCAUGUCGCCGCAGGUCCGGCCCCCCGCCGGCCCGCCGGACGUAGGCAGCCACUACUUGGCGGAGCUGUUGCAGGAGCACCAGAAGCUCGUCCCGUUCACGCAGGUGCUACCAAUCUGCAGCAAGCUGUUGAGCAACGAGAUAAUGCGGGUGACCUGCCUGCUUAAGCACCAGCAUGGCGGGGACUUUGAGAGGCUGCCGCCGAUGGCGAGUCCAAACCAGAUGCAUCAUCAUCCGUCGCCCCCAAUGCCUAAUUUCUGCGGAAAUGGUUUUGGCCCGUGGAACCACGGGGCGCAUCCAGAGAGGGUAGGUUUUCCUCAAGGACCUGUGGGUUGGCAAGGAGCACCACAAAGCCCCUCUUCAUACAUUGUCAAGAAGAUUUUGCGGUUGGAGAUACCAACAGAUACUUACCCUAAUUUCAAUUUUAUUGGCCGUCUUCUUGGGCCAAGAGGAAACUCGUUGAAGAGGAUUGAAGCCUCUACGGGUUGUCGUGUUUUUAUCAGAGGGAAGGGCUCAAUUAAAGAUCCUGGGAAGGAGGAACUGCUGAAGGGAAGACCUGGUUACGAACACUUGGAUGAUCCCCUGCAUAUCUUGAUUGAAGCAGAGUUACCUGCCAAUGUCAUUGAUGCAAGACUCUCAAAAGCACAAGAGAUCCUAGAAGAGUUGUUGAAACCAGUGGUACGCGAUGAAUCACAAGACUACUACAAGAGGCAGCAACUCCGUGAGCUUGCCAUGCUGAACUCACCGCUCCGAGAGGAGAGCCCUCGUCUAAGCCCGCAUCCAAGUCCGCACCCAAGCCCGCAUCAAGGCGGCGCUUCACCCUUCAGUAACGGUGGGAUGAAACGAAGCAAACAAUGA